ACGGCGCCGGGAAAUGAACUGUUAAUUCCGUACCUUCCCCUGCAAUCAUGCCAUAUUUCUUUCCUCUCUCGUGCUUCGCACCCAGGUAACAGUAACAGUUCAUUUCUCUACAAUAAGGGACAAAAAGGAAAACUUAAAAGAAAAUGCCCAAAAGCAAACCAGGUUGCCAAUCAGGACAAAAAGGAAUUAAUAUAAUCUGUCGAGGCCAAGCGCUAGGUUUUUGAAAGUUUCUCAGGUCACAGCAAUAAUUUGUGCAAGAUCCCCUUCAGCAAUUCCGCAGUGAUGAAUAAUCUCAGUCUACAAAUCACUAUUGCGGGUCAAGAGAUGGUCCACCGUCCUUCAACGGAUAUGAUUACAAUAUUUCAUGGUGAGCUAAUGAUAAGGCUGAUUUGAGGCCAAGUUGAAACUUCGCACUAGUGGAGCUAAUGGAUUUGGGUUCUGUAUAGAAUUCUUCGAGUUCAUGAGUCCAUCAAAAGUGCAAACAGGGGGCAUGAUUGUAUUGAGUGUUUGUGGGUAAUUGGGAUGCAUAUGUUUCACCAGAAUUGACCGCAAAAGCGGAAAAUGUUGAAAAAUUCAUUGCCUUGGUGAAUGAAGAACGAACAAAAUUUGAAACAAAACUGGUGACCAGGUACUAAUUUUGAAGAUAAUUGGCUCUCUUUGAAGUGGGUUAAUGGUAUCUGUAAUACCCACAUGAAACUUUUGAAGAUUGUUGAGUAUUGAGGCCACGGAGGUUGUACCAUAGCCAGUCACAAAACAAUUGUAGUGAAAAACCCCGGGUGAGAAAUUCAUAGGCAGGUCAGCACUGUAGUUUAGGCUAUGGAGUGCAGAGCUCUCUUUUGGUUUGCAUGCCUGUUUGCCUAUUCAUUGCCCUGGAUAACGGGUAUUCAAGCUCUUACUCAGGAGGCUCAAAUUUUAUUGGAAAUGAAGAAAAGUCUGAAGGAUCCUCACAAUGCACUGAACGACUGGAAAGACUCCAUUCAUGCACCUUGCAACUGGAAUGGAAUUAGCUGCGACAAUACUACAGGUAUGGUCACUGAGAUCACAAUUGAGAACAAAUUUAUAAAUGGUCCUCUGUAUUCCAAUAUUUGCAAAUUGCACAAUUUGAUGAAGCUUCAAUUGGGAAACAAUACACUAUAUGGGACUUUACCCUCAGAUAUCAUGAACUGCACCAAGCUUCAGUCCCUGAAUCUUACAAAAAAUUCUUUCUCCGGAACUUUACCAGAUUUUUCCCCAUUGAAAUCCUUGCAGAUUCUUGAUGUGACGAACAAUAACUUCACAGGUGAAUUUCCUGCUUCUGUUGGUAAUUUAGCUGAGCUGAUUUCCCUCAACCUUGCCGGUAAUCCAUUCAGUCCAGGAAAAAUAACCCAGCAGCUCAUGAAUUUGGAGAAACUCGAGGUGCUAUACUUGGCCGACUGCAAUUUGGUAGGUGAAAUCCCUAGUUUUAUUUUUAAUUUCACAGAUCUAGUUCUUCUGGAUCUCUCUUCCAACUCUCUGGAGGGAUCUAUUCCAAAGUUGGUUUCCAAACUCAGUAAACUCUACCAACUAGAGCUGUUUGACAACAUUCUUACUGGAAAUAUACCCCCAGAGCUAGGAAAUCUCACAGCACUAAAAUAUUUUGAUGCAUCAAAUAACACGUUGAGUGGAAAUCUUCCAGAAGAGGUUGGAAAUUUGAGAAACUUAGUUUCAUUUCAGGUCUACAUGAACCAGCUUUCUGGUCAAAUCCCUGAAACCUUAGGUGACUUUCCAUAUCUUGAAGGCUUGUCACUGUAUAUGAACAAUUUCACUGGACAACUACCACAGAAGCUUGGCAGCUUGUCAAAUUUCAACUUGAUUGAUGUUUCUGAGAACCAAUUCACUGGCCCACUACCAAAAGAUAUGUGUAGAGGAGGUAACCUGCAAUACUUUCUUGUUCUUCAUAAUCUUUUUACGGGAGAACUGCCCAAGUCUUAUGAAGAUUGCAAAAGUUUGAUACGUUUCAGGGUGAAUACCAAUAAUCUAACUGGUAAGGUACCCAAAGGAAUUUGGGGUUUGCCAAAUGCCAAGAUUAUUGAUCUUAGCUUCAAUAACUUUGAUGGUGAACUUGGUCCCGAGGUCAGCAAUGCAAAGAAGUUAACAGAAUUCUAUAUUAACAAUAAUCAAUUCUCAGGGCUCUUGGUGCCAGAGAUCGGAAUGGCCUCACAAUUAGUCAAAGUUGAAGUCCAGAAUAAUCAAUUUACAGGUUCAAUCCCACAAGAAAUCGGCAGUUUGAGAAAUUUGAAUGAACUGUAUUUGCAGGAAAAUAUGUUUGAGGGAUCCAUUCCGCCUGAAAUUGGUUUAUGCACUUCUUUGGUUGUUAUCAACCUUGCAGAAAACCAUUUGUAUGGAUUGAUUCCAGAGUCUUUGGGGUCCAUUGAAGGUCUGAAUUCGCUAAAUCUUUCAAAUAACCAUCUCCAUGGAUCAAUUCCAAAUAGCCUUGGUACAUUGAAGCUAAGCUUUGUUGACUUCUCCAACAACCAUUUAUCUGGCCCUGUUCCUAAUUCCUUAGUCAGCAACGUUAACAGUGAAAGCUUCUCAGGGAAUCCAGGGCUCUGUGUCAAAAGCUCUAGAAGUAAAAGUCAUCUACUUCAUACUUGUAAGGGUUCUCAUCUCACGAAAGAAUCCAGAAAAAUGAUAGUUAUAUCAGGGUUCAUUGUUGGAGCAGCAAUAUUAAUACUAGUGAUUGGUCUGGUACUUCUGUGGCAAAAAUGCCAUCAAAACCAAGAUGAAUCUAGGGAUAAAAGAAGAAGUACACGCUGGAAACUUAAAUCUUUUCAUAAAAUAAGUUUCACUGAGAAGGAUAUUUCUGAAGCUUUGCUGAAGGAAGAGAAUAUGAUUGGAAGUGGUGGAUCGGGCAAGGUUUAUCGUGUGGAUUUGCAAAAUAAUGUAACUGUUGCUGUAAAACGGCUUUGCCCAGUGGACAUUAACAGUAUCAAGCAAAAUGAUAUCAACAAACAGAUGAAUGCAGAAGUGGAUCUUUUAGGGAUGAUUCGGCACAAAAAUGUUGUGAAGCUCUAUUGUAGUUUAUCAAAUGGUAAGUCAAAUCUUUUGGUAUAUGAAUAUAUGGAGAAUGGAAACUUAUUUGAUGCUUUGCAUAAAGUCCAUACAGACAAGGCAUCAAAGGGAAGUGGUUUGCAUUUGGAUUGGCCAACAAGGUAUAAGAUUGCAGUAGGAGCAGCACAUGGAUUGGCAUAUCUUCAUCAUGAUUGCUUACCUGCAAUUGUUCACAGAGAUGUAAAAUCUACCAAUAUUUUGCUGGAUGACUAUUAUGAGGCAAGGAUUGCUGAUUUUGGUAUUGCAAAAUUUCUUCAAGCUGACAGAGGAAAGGAUCCCACCACAGCUUUUGCAGGCACCUAUGGCUACAUUGCUCCGGAAUAUGCAUAUUCUUCUGAGGUCACUGAGAAGAGUGACAUUUACAGUUUCGGUGUGGUUCUAUUGGAGCUUGUCACUGGAAAACAACCAGUUGAGCCAGAAUUUGGUGAUAAUAACAACAUAGUUUUCUGGAUUUCACAGAAAAUAUGUUCCCAGCAAGGUUCUUUUGAGGUUCUGGAUUCAAGGAUUUCUAAAUAUUUUGACGAAGAAAUGAUCAAGGUCUUGAAAAUUGCAGUGCGUUGUACAUUCAAACUCCCAAGACUACGGCCCACCAUGAGAGAAGUUGUACAAAUGUUGCUUGAAGCUGAUCCCUGCAGUAGUAGUAGUUCCAAGACAACCCAAAAGGAAGGAAAUCAAAAGAACGUAACCAUGGACUUUGGCAUGACUGUGAGACAAAGUUCUCAGCACAAACAUUGAAGAAAUAAGCAUUGAAUAAUCUCAGGCUGCAAACCACUAUUGCGGUUAGAGACAAAGAAUUAUAGUCAAGAGAUUGUCCACCGUCCUUAAAUGGAUAUGAUUACUAUAUUUCAUGGUGAGCUAAUGAUAAGGCUGAUCUGAGACCAAGUUGAAACUUUGCACUAGUGGAGCUAAUGGAUUUAGCUUCUAUGUAGAAUUCUUCGACUUAAUGUGUCCACCAAAAGUGCAAACCCCCUGGGGCAUGAUUGUAUUGGGUGUUUGUGGGUAAUUGGGAUUCAUUUGAUUCACCAGAGUUGCCCCCGAAAGCGGAAAUGUUGCAAAAUUCAUUGCCUUGGUGAAUGAAGAUUGAACAAAAUUUGAAACAAAAAUGGUGACUGCGUAGUAAUGUUGAAGAUAAUUGACUCUCUCUUUGAAGUGGGUUAAUGGUAUCUGUAAUAGCCACAUUGAAAAUUUUGAAGAGGAUUGAGUAUUGAGGCCAUGGAGGUUGCAUGCCAUAGCCAAUCACAAAACCAUGCUAGUGAAAUCUUGGGUGAUAAAUUCAUAGGCAGGUCAGCACAGUAGUUUAGGUUAUGGAGUGCAGAGCUCUGUUUUGGAUUGCAUGCUUGUUUGCCUAUGCAUUGCCCUGGAUAACAGGUGUUGAAGUUCUUACUCAGGAGGCUCAAAUUUUACUGGAAAUGAAGAAAAGUCUGAAGGAUCUUCACAAUGCGCUGAACGACUGGAGAGACUCCCUUGAUGCACCUUGCAACUGGAAUGGAAUUUGCUGCGACAAUACUACAGGUAUGGUCACUGAGAUCACAAUUGAAAACAAAUUUAUAAAUGGUCCUCUGUAUUUUAAUAUUUGCAAAUUGCAAAAUUUGAAGAAGCUUCAAUUGGGAAACAAUACGCUAUAUGGGACUUUACCCGCAGAUAUCAUGAACUGCACCAAGCUUCAGUCCUCGAAUCUCACAAAAAAUUCUUUCUCCGGAACUUUAUCAGAUUUCUCCCCAUUGAAAUCCUUGCAGAUUCUUGAUGUGACAAACAGUAACUUCACAGACGAAUUUCCUGCUGCUGUUGGUAAUUUAGCUGAGUUGACUUCUCUCAACCUUGCUGGCAAUCCAUUCAGUCCAGGGAAAAUACCCCAGCAGCUCAUGAAUUUGAAGAAACUCGAGGAGCUAUACUUGGCCGACUACAAUCUGGUAGGAGAAAUAGUUUUUUUUUUAAUUUCACAGCUCUAGUUCUUCUGGAUCUCUCUUCCAACUCUCUGGAGGGAUCUAUUCCAAAGAUGUUUUCCAAACUCAGUAAACUCUACCAACUAGAGCUGUAUGACAACAAUCUUGCUGGAAAUAUAUCCCCAGAACAUGUUGAGGAGAAACCUUUCAGAAGAGUUUGGAAAUUUGGAAAACAUAGUUUCUUUUGAGCUCAACAUGAACCAGGUUUUUGGUCAAAUUCCUGAAACCUUUGGCGACUUUCCAUAUCUUGAAGGCAUUUCAUCGUACAUGAACAAAUCCACAGGACAACUACCACAGAAGCUUGGCAGCUUGUCAAAUUUCAACUUGAUUGAUGUUUCUGAGAACCAGUUCACUGGCCCACUACCAAAAGAUAUGUGUAAGCAGUUAACCUGCAAUACUUUCUUGUUCUUCAUAAUCUUUUUACAGGAGAACUGUCCAAUUCUAUAUUUGUAAAAUAUUUUAUUUGGAGAUAUUACAACAUUCAAUCCUAUCUCAUUGUUUUAUUUAAA